AUGGGUGUGCUCUCCUUGCACCAUCCAUGGGCCUUCUCCUUUGGUAUCCUAGGCAAUAUCAUCUCAUUCAUGGUGUAUCUUGCCCCAGUGCCGACAUUUUACCGUAUUUACGAGAGGAAAUCAACUGAAGGAUUUCAAUCUGUGCCUUACGUGGUUGCGCUCUUCAGUGCUAUGUUAUGGAUAUAUUACGCAUUCCUUAAAGCAAAUGCUUAUCUCCUUAUCACCAUUAACUCAAUCGGAUGCCUCAUCGAGACCGUAUACAUAGUCAUGUAUCUCAUUUAUGCACCCAAGAGUGCAAAGAUUUUUACUGCCAAAAUUCUUCUACUUAUGAACGUCGGAAUUUUCGGUUCGAUUCUUCUUCUCACUCUUCUACUAUGUAAAGGCGCGAACCGAGUUAUUAUUCUUGGAUGGGUUUGUGUUGGCUUCUCGAUAAGCGUCUUUGUCGCACCCCUAAGUAUCAUUAGGCUCGUUAUUCGGACGAAAAGCGUGGAGUUCAUGCCUUUGUCACUCUCAUUCUUCCUCACAUUGGCCGCGGUUGUUUGGUUCGCUUAUGGCCUACUAAUAAAGGACAAAUUUGUUGCGCUUCCAAAUGUGCUGGGCUUUCUCUUUGGUAUGAUCCAAAUGGUGCUCUACAUAACCUACAAGGAUGUGAAACCGGUCGCGAAACCGAUCACGCAAGAGCACAAGUUGCCCGAGCACAUUGUGGCGAUCGUGAAGGUAGAUGCGACGAGGGGGAGGGGGUCGUCGAAACCGCCACAUGCCGACAAGGAAGAGAAAGGGAACAAAAUAAGAGGAUGA